GUUUCGCAUACGAUGGCAUCGUGUUGAUGUUGACUAACAUGUCUUGGGCUGAACAAGAGGAUUACAAAGAAGGACAGAAUCAUUGUUAACAUUUAUUUAUAACAGUGCACGUUUAGCAGAUUAUUUAUUAAUUAAAAUUAUUUAACUAUUUGUUUGUUAGAGCACAGUUAUCAUUUGUUAGGCUAUAUUAUAUACAAUAGAAUUCAAAAUGAAGAUCUCAAGAUGGAUAUUCUUGUGGCUUAUGCCUCUGGUAGUGGUCUCUCAUGGAAGUGUUCCCCCUGACACCACACACUCCUUGUUAGAGGUCCUGAGAAGAUACCCCAGGUUGGCUUGGCGGGAUAAGGAGAGAGGAUCGAACCCGGAACAAGCUGCCUGCAAGGCAGAGGAUCUGGAAGCAGACCCAAAGAAAUGCUGUCUGAUGUGUCCUCCAGGGUAUUCUGCGGAAUCUAAGUGCAGUGUUGGAUCCGGUGAAGGACGUCACUGUGCCCCCUGUGGCAAUGGAACCUACACUGAGAAAGCAAACCUACAGAAGGAAUGCAAACGGUGUAGGGUUUGUGAUAAAGCAGUUUCUGUGAUACAGGUGCAGCCUUGUAGAUCUAACCAGGACACUCAGUGCAGCUGUGACAAAGGAUACUAUGAGUUUGACCCGAGCAAGGAUAACUUUGUAUGUUACAAGUGCAGUGAAUGCGUCAAUCGCAGUGUGAGCGCUGCCUGUUCCCAGAAGAGUGACACCAAGUGCGGGUCCUGUGAUUUAGGCUUUUAUCAAGAUCAACAAAAGACGUGUCGGCCCUGUGCACACUAUUCUGGGACUGUCCGUAAGAAACGAGCUUGUCAGCAUCACUCUACAACCCCUCAAACCCCUCCAAGCACUAAAUCUCCUCCAGAAGAAUUCACCCUGACACUGCUGCCAACAGUUGCAUCAUCAAUGAAGGCAAGUGAGCCAGUACCUCACUAUACAACCCCUCAAACAUCUCCGGACACUAAAUCUCCUACCCAAGGCAUCAAGAAAACUUCUGCCGUAGACCCCCUUCUACUGGGGUUCUCCAUCUUCCUGGUUGGGAUAGUGAUUUUGGGAAGCUUCCUGUGUGGCUUUCUCCACGUAUGCACAUGCUGUGAGUGGGUGAUCCUACGCUGGAACCAGACGCAAGCCCCCAAGCAGGCCUAUCAAAUUAAUUCGGUCAGAGACGUACCACAAGGCAAGGGAAAAGCUACCUUGUCCGAUCAAUAUUGUGAGAACCACAAAGACCCCUGUACAGCGGUGUCAAAGACUUCUCUGCAGAUCGCAAAGAUGUACCAAUGCCAAGAUACCACCACUGAAAUGCUCGUGAACACAGGUGUACUCAGCUCAGCCAUGCCCCUGCUAAAGGACACAGACCCUAAAAUGCUCAGAGAGGACCUGCACGCGGCCGAUAGCUGGCCGCCAGCGGUGCUCUACGCCAUCAUCCGGGAGGUGCCAGCGCGGCGAUGGAAAGAGUUCCUGCGGCUGCUGUCGGUGCCGGACGGGCAUAUAGAGCGGGUGGAGAUGGAGGUGGGGCCCUGCUACCUGGAGCAGCAGUACCAGAUGCUGCGGCUGUGGAGCCAGAGGGGGGGCGUGACGCUGGAGGCCGUCUACUCCGCCCUGCACAGCAUGAACCUGUCCGGCUGCGCGCAGGAGCUGCAGGAGAAGCUGCAGCAGCUGCAGCAGCAGGCGGCCUGAAUCCCAACCGCCGGCCACCUGUAAAUAGCGCAGACGGGAGGGGGGGAGGAGCGUGGCUUU